AUGUUUGCGACUGUGGUUAAAACUUCUCUCAAUUCAGCGAAAGUGAUUGCACAUCUUCCUUCAAGGAGUGCGAUCAGUGUGACAUCACUUCGUCUGUUUUCAACAUCCCAAAAUGUGCAGGUCAAUUUAGUUCCACAUAAGCUUCCUACAGAUCAACCAGUACUUUCAGAAAGACCUCUCUCUGGUACGUUAGAUUAUGUUCUUACAUCCUGGGAUAAGGUGAAACAGUGGUCGAGAAAAUCGUCUUUUUGGCCCGCUACAUUUGGUUUGGCAUGCUGUGCUGUUGAGAUGAUGCAUGUGUCUGCUCCACGUUAUGACCAAGAUAGAUUGGGUAUUAUUUUCAGAGCUUCACCUCGUCAGUCCGAUAUAGUUAUUGUCGCUGGUACUGUUACAAAUAAAAUGGCACCUGCACUUCGACAAGUUUACGAUCAAAUGGCAUACCCAAGAUGGGUCAUUUCAAUGGGUUCAUGUGCAAAUGGUGGUGGUUACUACCAUUACAGUUAUUCUGUUGUUCGUGGUGUCGACAGACUUAUUCCAGUUGAUGUUUAUGUUCCGGGUUGUCCGCCAUCUUCAGAAGCAUUGAUGUAUGGAAUUUUCAUGCUUCAAAAAAAGAUGAUGGAUGAAACUACAAGCAGAAUGUGGUACCGUUCGUAUUGA